AUUGUGUAACAAGUUAGGAAAACAUAAAAGACCUUCGCGAUCGAAAAUGUUUUAAUCAACACUUCAUCUCCAAGCCUUCAGACAUGGCACAAUGUGCCGGUGCUAACGCAGCGGCGGUCAGUGUCGUUGCAAAUGACUCUAUUGAUGAAGAUACAAUCGUUGAUAACAUGAAGUACACAAUAUGUGGAAUUAUUGCUUCUCCUCACUUCGACCGGAAAGCUAUUCUGCAAAGAUCACUUAAGGUAAAGCUUCCAGAUAGUCCCUCCAAAAAACGAGAAAAAUCUCAGUGAGAAUUGGAGCUGUAAAAAUGGAUGAAUCAUAUCCUAUUCUGAUCCAAUGCCAAAUGCACGUAUUUGAAUUUCCCAAUAGUAAACUAAGGUGACCUUUCAAUCUCUCCUUUUCGUCUGUUAUGUUUAUUAGUCUUUCAGUGUUAAAAAUCAACUUCUGAAUUUGUUGGUAUUUUUAGCCUCAUACGUUCUCUAUACGUUUUGCAUCUUGUUUGAGUUUACCCUGGCCUGGGCCUUCACUCGCGCCUCGAGCAGUCGUCUAGCUAAAACUAUUCUGAGCUCGACCAGUGAGCAAAUCUAUAAAAUAUGACCUUCACUAAGUCGAGGUGGACUUAUCAGAGGAUGAGUCAUAUCCAAUAUCUGAUGGGUCCUCUGGCUGGUCACACAACCUUCUGUUCAAAAAUAUUAUUUCGUCAAAAGAUAUUUCGUACUGUGAUUUUUACUUAAUGAACCCUUUUUCCCAGCUCCCUAAAAUAUUUAUUGUGUCCUCAUUUUCCCCGUGUCUUCUCGCCAUUCUUUUUAUUAGCACAGUUAUUAUGAGUAUGCAGUUCCGUCCUACUGUCAAGUAUCUUUAAUACGUUGUUAUCAUGGUUAAAAUAUAGAUUUAGCCAGGGCUGAAAGCGAAGCUCUCGCUAAUAUUUUUAUAAUUUACUCAAACAAAAUAUAGAAUCGUGUAACGCUAAAAGGCGACGGUAAAGAGAAAGGCAAAAAAAUCAAAAGGUCUAAUUAGCGAAAAACACCAAUUCAGUUUUUUUGUACAUUUCUUCGCCGUUGUUGUUGCAAUGUGGAACUUGCUAGUUACACGUUUUAUGGAGAAAAUGUCGUUGUGCUCACUAAAAAUUUCGUUGCUUGUGUUGCUGUUCUCGUUUAAGCGUAGUUUUCUCUGUCUUUCUCUUCUCUAUGUUCCAAAAUUGGCAGAAUUGUGGACUUGACAAUUAAUCUAGCUUAAUACUUCAGACAACCCACACGGAUUUAGAAACAAUUUCCGCUUUCAAAUUGUCUCUGAUUCAUUAAACGCGGCUGGCCAUACAAUUUUCCCCAAAAGAAUCUCGAGUUGCAUUUGGGUUGCCACACCGUUGAGUGAGUUAUUUUACUUUGAUGGUAUGCCUGUGGUGCGGACGGACGGGCGGGCCGUCGGAAAAACGGUCACGUGAUUACAAGUCACUACCAAUAUUUCUGGAAAUAUUUCUUGGACGCAGAGCACCGCUAUUUUUAUUAGCGUGUGAAAAUCAACCCUGAUAAUUAUGUUUGUACAGGUUACAGUUUUAAUGGCAGUUUACGAGUGUGUUCAAAUUAUUUCUCAUAUUACAUUAUUUCUCAAGUAACACAGAUAUUCUCAUGAUUCUUGAUCAUAAGUUGAGAUCUAGAGGUUUUAUUCUUCGCUGACACAGACUAUUUUCCUUACAGCUAUCAGAGGCGUAUGUCCUCUUGUGGCAGAACAGCUCAACAGGUGAUGUCAAUGGACGCCAGGGAUCAAAGAAUAAAAUAGCGGCGGGUCCGUAUGUGCUGUUCUCCUGGAUUUAAUCGCCAUGGGAAAAAUAAAGAUAGAGUUUGAAGAGAAGAAAUUUCUAUUCGUAAAAUAUACUGACAUCUGGGUUAAGGUUAGCUGGAUAGAGUAUAUACUCUUGUCUUUUUUUUUUGUCUUUCUUUUUCUUGAAAUGCCAUUUCUGUUGCAUUCACUCAGUUUGCCUUUUUGGAUCCCUAAGAUCCGAUUUUAAGAACAAGUUUUAUAAAGAGCAUCAAUCUCGGCUUAUGAAUUCAGUGUAGAAUUUCAUAUGAGGAGCCAAUACAAAAUAAUAGGAAAAACUGUUUGAAUGCAAAGGUCCACGCAAUGCGCAAUGCUUUUUAGUUUACUUCCAUUGAUAAGACUGAGAGAAUAACGUCCAUAGCUUGUGUUGUUCACUUUGGGUACCGUAAAGGUUUCGAUUUACAGAACCACGAUUUUCGAGUUUCGAUUUCCGAUAACCACGGGUUUUGUCCAUCGGUUAGGAGCUACUGUUGUAAGAUAAACUUAAUUUCAGUUUCAUGUUCUAGAUUUUAAAGUUCUCUUGUUCACUUAAGCUUAAAAGAUCUUUAAAAUUGUCAGCGUUAACUGAUCUAAGUGAUGGACAAAACUAUUGUUUAAAAACGUAGGUUAUUGACGCAGCACCUACCGGAACAUUCCUCGACAGAGCACUGUUUGCUAAAAUUGCAGCAAAGCAUAAAGAGGGCUACAAACGAAAGCUGGUGGACUGGAUCCGAGAUUGCAUCACCACUUGGAAUUGUGAGAAUAACGUAGCUUCCGUUUGCCUUGACAGCCUAGUGCAUGAUGGAAUUCUGGGAAAGGAGCGAAAACUGGCCGGAAUGUACACAGAUUUUCCAUUGAAAAAUGCAGGUAACGAAAGGGAACCUGAAUUUUACAUGCCUUGAGAACGCCCUGUGUGAGUUAAUAUUAGGAACAAAAAGAUGUAGUCGUGGCUGAGACACCACUACUUCUCUAUGAAGGGCUGGAGAGAAACCACUGCUAGCGACCGUUUGUUUCUUUGAUCGAGCCGCCCUCCAGCGCCAUGGACGAAUACAGCUAUUUCGAGAAAGGUUUUCGGAAAAAAUGUGCACCCGAAAAUCGAGAAAGGUAAUAUGGGAUAUGAUCAAUACACUGUUCCCGACACUGUAGCUGUCGAACCUACUUUUGCUGUUUCCUUUAGCACUAGCAAACAUACGUCCAUGGCCUCUCGGGCCAUUCUUUCAAAUUUCCUCGAAGAACUUGAGUGAACACAAAACCACCCACCAUACCUUUCGGGAUCGUCGCGUGCACGUUUUGCGACAACCUUUCUCGAAAUAGCUGUAUAUUAAACAAGUCAAGCCUCUCGUGCAUUUGCUUACGCUUAUGACUGUUAACUCAGCGCAAGCCUGCCGUGAAUUUGCGUUAUUUUGCUUGCUUACGUUCUCCAUAAAACGCAAAAUUAUGCAUUUUUACCUCGUAGUCGUGCAAAAACGACAAAGAAAUGUACAAAAAGGGUGAUGCAUGUGGAAAGUUUUUGUUUUGCUUAUUAGAGAAGGACCUUCCUCGCCAAAGAGUAGAAUAACUUCAAGACCGCUCAAGCUAUGACCACCUGACUUAGCGACUAAAAUUUAUUUUGGAACAUUUUAAAGUCGUCGUGGCGUGUACGUCAACAUUGACGUUACCAUGGCAACCGAGUUUUGACAGACAUGUUUUUCAAAAUUUGCAUUUUUUCUAAAAAAUAGGUUUUAUUUCUAUUUUUAAUAAUUGAACUAUUCUAUAACAAUUAAUUUAGCAUUUUUUUAAAAAAUCCAAGUUAUUAUAUUUGUUAACGAAAUCCAGGCUUUUUAUUUAGUGGCUAGUUUGAGAAAAAACAUGAGUUUAAUAUGCCGAGUUUAAUUUUUAGCCGUGUUCAUAUCUCUCGGAAUUUCAUAUUUCAUAUUCCCACGGAUCCUUUUACACUCAGAUCAAGUUUCCCAUUAAGAAUACCUUGAUUUAAUACGGGUUUUAAGUAAAAUGGGAUACAUUCAACUAAUUCAAUAUGGCGGAUUCAAGAUGGCAAAUCUUUCCAGUUCUUUAUUUAGUAAUAAAUGACAUCAUCAUCACAUCCCUGCUAUUGUUAAAGAUUAUCUUUGUGUUAGCAAACUUCUUGAAUUUAUCAAAAACCGUAGGAUUUAAGUAUUUUCGCUUUAUAUCUUGUUUGAGAGAAAUUUGGAUUCUGCCAAUCAAUUCAGCAAUACGAUGUCAUUAUGACGUCAGAUUACGUCAUUAUGUCAAUCAAGUCAUGCCCAGAAGUUGGUAAUGAUGAGAAAAUAAUUCUGUGUGGUUUUGGUGGCCGUAGCGUGAGCGUUUUUGAAGUUAUAGAGGGGGCAUCUCAGAGCUUUCCCUCCGGUCUGUUGUCUUCGCGUAGUUGGAUCUUAAAUUGCCUGAUAUGUUUCCUGCGAAACAAGAGAAGGUGUAGUCAUUUGACGUCUUGAGGAAGGCGUCAAGUGGACGCGCAUGCUCGAUGGAAAAGUAAAGGGUCGCUAACAGCGGCUUCUAGAUCUCCCCUCAUAGCGUAGCGUCCAGCCCUGGAGAAACCACUGCUUGCAGGUUAGGAUAUCGCCUGUGAAACUUGGAAGGGGUAAAAUAAAGAAGGAAUCGAAGAAAUAAGGAAAAUCUAGAUUAUGGUAAUAACAAAAUAUAAUAAGAAGUGGUAUGGACUGACAAGCGUUGGAAAGAGCUAAAAUGAGGGCUGUGCCAAUUGAAAUUAACUGGCUGUUGUUCUUAAGCGUGCUCACGUGAAUCCGAAUGACCAAUGGCGAAGUAGAAUUCAACAAUAAGGUGAAAUUUGAUUGGAAUUCUACAAGUCAUUGGUCGGGAGUGUAGGAGUUACGUGCCCACCCUAUUAGACAUCAUUUCGUUCUACUGUACUACCCACCCAUAAUUCAUGUGACUACUCGCAAAUUUGAAGAUUGAUCUCCCAGGUUCGCGCGCUCGCUGUGUUUAAUUUUGCGGUUUGCCAAUUUUUAUGUAUUCGGGCGAAAAACCAUUUCUUGCGCUUGGUGCAGAUUGGCGUUCUAGAGUCUUGUGCAAAUAAUUAAGAGUCAAAAUACAGGCAAAAGGAUGUUCGAGAAUAAGAUAGUGUUGAAGUAAUUCAGCUGUCAUUAAUCUUACUCGACCUGCUCGUGUCGAUUGCUCUAAUCGAAGUUAUUCUGAUUCUUGCUAAUAAGCGAGAUAAAUGACUUUUGUUGCCAUCACGAGCGAUCUUUGUCAAACAAUAGGAUUUUGACCGUGGAGUUAAUUCUUGCCGUAGUUUUUAUCAGUCAUUUUCAAUGUCGACAUGACACGAGUGCGUGAAAAAAUACUUUUUUUUAAUAACAACUCGUUCGACUGGACAAGUUGUGUCCAUUCGACAGCCGAGACAGAGGUCGGUCGACUGGAGAAAUACAUUUCCCUCAUUACGUUUCCGUAAGUUGCCACACAAGCCUCGGAGACCCAAGAGCGGUCAGGCGGGUCGGGAGAAAUGGCGGGUCUCAGGGCUCCAUUGAUAUCCUUAUCAUCGCCUUGUUAUCACCUUGAACAUAAAUCUCUACCUUCACUGUAACUCCCAGCCGUUCUUUACGCUAUAAAACACUUUUCUUGUAUUUUUUUCAGCACCCAAGAGGGAGUUAUCGCGAGAGAUAAGAAAAAUUGCACUUGAGGGAGCCAAGCCAGAUUCUUACAUGAGAACGCUGCUAACAGUUCUCAGAGUUGUGGAUAAUUAUUAUUCGUUUGAUGAUCCUUUCCUUGAGCGAUACUUCAAGAAGGAAGAAUAUAAAGAGGCUAAAGCUAAGAUUAAACAACUUGUCAUGUAUAAUGCUUAAACAAUAGCAGCUUCUCUUUAAACAGCUCAGUGCAGUUAAUUAUCGCCCCAUGCAUGUAAGGGAAUCCAUCACCCCAUGUAAGGGAAUCCAUCACCCCAUGUAAGGGAAUUCCACGCCGUGGAUAUCCGGAUUCCAGGCACUGUAUUCCAGUCUUUUUUAGUAGAACUUGGAUUCUGGAUUCCAAUCCUUAAUGGGAUUCCGGAUUCCUUGAGCUGUAGUCCAGAUUCCAAAACCCGGAAUUCCGGAUUCCACAAAGGCAAAAUUUACCAGAUUCCGGAUUUCACAAGCAAAAAUUUCCCGGAUUCCGGAGACCGGAUUGCCUUACAUGGGGUGAAAAUUAAAAAUAAAAAAGUCGAUGGUAUUUCUCCGAUCAAAGCUUUUUACCGCUGACAGUGCAAGAGUGACGAAUGCUGAGGGCGGCGAAAUGUGCCAAGAACAAGUAGAUGGGACGAGAAAAUCUCCCCGAAACCAGAU